UGGCCUCAUGCACUAGGGACUCUUUCUGUACACUCCACAGUGCUGUUCACGCCCCUCUGUGACCUCCACCCAGGUGCCUCCAAACAGACCAAGGCACACACUGGAGGGGUGAUAGAGGCAGUAGGAGCCAGCAGAAAGAGCCACCGAGCUAGCUCCCUGAAAUCAGCAGGAUGGAAGAGAAACUGAAGAAAGCCAAGAUCAUCUUUGUGGUGGGUGGGCCUGGCUCAGGAAAGGGCACCCAGUGUGAGAAGAUUGUGGAGAAAUAUGGCUACACCCAUCUCUCCACUGGGGACCUACUGCGGGCAGAAGUCAGCUCAGGAUCGGAAAGGGGCAAGAUGCUAUCAUCCAUCAUGGAAAAGGGACAGCUGGUGCCACUGGAUACGGUGCUGGACAUGCUUCGCGAUGCCAUGAUGGCCAAAGUGGAGUCUUCCAAUGGCUUCCUGAUUGACGGCUACCCGAGGGAGGUGAAGCAGGGAGAAGAGUUUGAACAGCGGAUUGGACAGCCCACACUGCUACUGUAUGUGGACGCAGGCGCCGACACCAUGACCCAACGACUCCUGAAGCGAGGGGAGACCAGUGGCCGCGUGGACGACAAUGAGGAGACCAUCAAGAAGAGGCUGGAGACCUACUACCAGGCCACGGAACCUGUCAUUUCCUUCUAUGAGAAGCGCGGCAUUGUGCGCAAGGUCAAUGCCGAAGGCACCGUGGACACUGUGUUCUCCCAGGUCUGCAACUACCUGGACUCCCUGAAGUAACUGGAGACCCUGGCCAGCUCCCAGCCCGCCCCACCCUUGCCCCCUGACCCCAGGCAUCCUGGCUCGAGCCCAGCGUCUCCACCCUGCCGGGCUAUGCACAGACACAGGAAGCCACCUUAUCCUGUUCCAUGGACAUCCGAGCACUAAAGGAAUUGCCAAGGACGUUUGGGCUCACUCCCUUUUCUUUGCUUCCUAGUGAGGUGAUUCAUGCUGCCACAGCUGAGGGUCUGGCACUGCCUGCCCAUUCUUGCCUGUGCCUCAGCCCAGCCAUCCUGUCUCCCUCCAGCUCUGCUGGGAUCCUAGGCCUUCCUCAGCCAAGCCGUGUCAGGCCUAGGGGCCUCUGGGUUGACAGACAGAUUGCUCCUGGGCUCUGAAGUUCAGCCCCUUUCUCAUAGCCUUACCGUAUGGCUUUGACUCUAAGCCAUCAUCUCUCUCGAGUGAGUUUUCUUUUUUCUUCUUUUUUAAGACAGCAUUUCACGUGUCUCAAGCUGGCCUCACAUCUGCUAUGUACCUGAAGACAGCCUGAUCCUCCUGCCUCUACUUCUGAGUGCUGUGCCCACAGGUGUCGUCUACCACUGCCGCUCCUGGUUUAUGGGGUGCUGGGGAUCAAUCCUGUGACCGUGUAUACUAGGCCAGCACGCUGUUUCUGACUGGAGCCUGGGCUGCAGUGGGCAUAGGGCACGGGCACACCAGCCGGGGCCACGUGGCUACCAGGUGGCAGGCCCUGUGCAGUGGAGAUACAGCUAGGUGGCACGCUGAGGUCAGGGUAGCCUUCCUGAGGGGGAUUCGGUGUGGCCCUGCCAGGCCUCACCAUCCUGUGAGCUUUUUCCUCAGUUCUAAAACUUAUUACAUUGUGUCCCAGGCCUUAGCCUCAGUGUUAGGACAAGGACAUACUGAUCAAGGCGUGUGAGUUGUCAUAGACAUGGACGUGAGGUCAAGGACCAGGCCUGGAACCUGGAGAGGACACCCGAGAUGCCCAGAGGAGCUGUCACCUCUCAUCACAUAGGAAGGCUCUCUUGGUGCUCACUGGUCCUUGACCUCUGCUGCCCCCAUCACUAGUGACUUCCCCUCCAUGCCCAGACAGCCUGUAGCCGGCUGCCCCAGCUGCGCCAGGGGCACCUGCCCCUGGGGGUGACUGUGCUUGUCCCUUCUGUUCCUGCCAGGGGGCCACCUUUCCGUCUGCACCCUCUAUUCAAGCUGUCCUUUAAAAUAAAUAAACAUAUUUCAGUUA